CACUAGGAGGCAGGGGCGUUGAAGACACGAAGAAGUGGCCUCUUUUGUCUUCAUAUUGACCUUGUUUAAACAAUUUAUAUUCAAAAUCUUGCAGCGUUUGUUGCGUUGACAAAUUCAAUAUUAUUUACAGGAGUCUGUAUAUGGGUAUGGGGCUAUAUAACAGUGCCGACUCUCCAAGGCUAGCUUGUGAUGAUUAUCCACUAAUAUAACCCCUUCCUUAAAGCGUAUCUCGUGCUAUCUUCUUCUACUCCUAUCGUCCUAAUCUCUUUUUCUUUGCUGGGUUUCUUGAGCUGCACCUGUUUUCUGAAAAGCUAGCUAGGUGAAAGGUUUUAUCUAAGAACAAGAUUCACUCUCUCUUUCUCUCCCGAUUGCUUCUAUUAUUUCUGGUGAUCAAGACUUUGUUUUCAAAUUCAGUUGAAUUCUGUGAAAGAGUACAAAAACAGGCCGACAGAAGAAGAGGUUCAAGUUCAAUUUUGCAUUGGCGAUCAAUACAGGGCUCCUUGAGUGGUGUUUUAGUUUCCAGGAAUGGAUGUUGUAAAGAUGAAAUGGAAGAAAAACGUGCUUUUCAGGGCCUGGGAAAGAUGCUGGUCGCUUGGAACUGGCGGCAAGAAGUCAUCAGGAACUUCUUGUGACGCAUUGAGGAAGAGCAAGUCAUGGCACAGCACAACAACAAGAUCAUCUUCCCUGGAAGAAGAUGAAGGGAAAAAGAGGCGUCAGGUAGCUCCAGAAGGCUGUUUUUCUGUCUAUGUUGGACCCCAAAGACAAAGAUUCGUAGUCAAGACCGAGUUCGCCAACCAUCCAUUAUUCAAGAUGUUGCUAGAAGAUGCCGAACUUGAAUACGGGUUCAGCAGUGAAGGCCCCCUUCUGCUUCCCUGCGAUGUUGAUUUGUUCUAUAAAGUUUUGGCAGAGAUGGACGGUGGAAAAGAAAUAAGUCCUGUUUGUGGCUUUGCUUACAGCCCACUAAUCCUUUGCAGCCCUUCUCGUCGCCAGAGUUCUAGUAUCAAUAAAGGCUAUGGAUCGUAUAAACUUCUCACUCCAUCUCGACUGCUUAAGUUGAAUAGUUAUUAAACUAGUGUUUACAAAUUUUUCCCUUUUUUUUUCCUUUUUUAGGAGGACUGCAUUUGAGAAGAUCACGCAUGCACAUACAUCAAUGUAAUUCAAAGUGGUGUAUUGUUUUCAUAAUUUAAUGCAUAAAUAUAUAUAGUAA